AAUAUUCAGCUUAACGCUUUUUAUUAUUUAUUUUUAUUUUUGAUACGAAAUGAAUAUUUUUUUGUGAUUUUAAAGGAUUGAUUGUGCAAAUUUCUCAAAAAGAAAAUCCGUUUAACAGAUUAGUAAGAUCCACAGAAAAAAAUCUUCGAUAUAAAUGCAUUUUUUCCUUUUCAUUUAACAGAAUUAAAAGUGGGUUUAACUUAUAUAUAUAAAUAAAAUGUUUUCCAGGAUCCCGUUACAUCUAUUUCAACAAACUGAUAUUUUUACAAAUUGAACGAUUUUUAACUUUCACUUUUAGCUCAAUAUUUUUUAUAUUGUUAUAAAUUUGCAUUUACGUAGAUUCAUGAUGUCAUUAUUAGAAAAGCAAAAAGAAGUUUGAAUGGAUUGUCAAAAAAAAGAAGGAGGCAUUUAUUAAAUGCUUUUCAACUUGUUUCUUUUAAACCUCUAUCUCCAAUAAGUAAAUGCCAUUUUUUGCUUGUUUAUGUUGCAAAAAUCUACGCAUCGCUUUCUCACUUCUAACUAACUUUUUGGACAAAUCCUUAAACAAUUCAUAAUACAUUAAAAAACUAAAACAGAUUAUUUAUUUUUGUUUCAGAAUUUAAAAUGAAUAGAUCUAUUGGUUCCUUUAAGCUCUAUGAUAUUCAGAGGCAUAGAAGCUGUGACUGAAGAUAAACGAAUAUUGAAGCAUUUUAUGAUUGAUAUUCUCAACCUGAUGAAUGGAAUAGAAGAUAACCUACUUCUAAUACAGAAAGUCCAUCACAUUGUGAAACAUAACAAGUCCGUUAGUACAGAUUUAUUGAAUGCAAUAACUGGUAUCCAGCACUACAUUGAUGCUAUUAACACAGUGUGUACACUGGGAGUAUCCUGGCCUAAAGAUGACAUCGAUUUCGUUCUGAAAGCUUUGGAUGAAUUUAAAAUGAACAGAUCUGGUGGUUCCUAUAGGUCACUUUUGCUCAACGAUAUACAGAGUAUAGAAGCUGUAACUGAUGAUAAACGAAUAUUAAAGCAUAUAAUGAUUGAUAUUCUCAACCUGAGGAAUGGAAUGGAAGAUAACCUACUCCUAAUCCAACAAAUCAACCUGAUGAUACAGAAGGAAGGAGAGGAGCAGAAGGGGUUUGAUGAUGUGAUCCAUGCUGCCCAGCAACAUAUUGACUCCAUUAACACAGUGUAUACACUGGGAGUAUCAUGGCUUAAAGAUGAAACUGAAUUCGCUCUUAAAUUUAUUGAAGAUGGUUCCAGAGAUUGUGAUCAAGAACAUUAUUUAGAAGAGAUAAAUACGGAGAUACAAGACAGGGACUACAUCAAUCAGAUUAAGAACAUGCAGAGCAUAAAGAACAAAAUAAACUUGAAGAAUGUUCAGAAUAAAAUAAACAUGGAGAACAUAAUGGUCACCAAACACAGUAUGGAGGGGACAGAGAAAUCCAAGAACAUUGAAAUAUGUGAGAGCUUGAAUAGCAAAGAGGAAAAUUAUUUGGAAAUCCGUGAAAAUAUGGAGAACGUGGAGAUCAUGGGGAAAAAAGAGAACAAGGAGAUUGAAAACCUGGAGAAGAUGGAGAACAUUGAGAAUCUAAGAGAGAUAAGAAACUUGGACAAUGGAAAGGUUGAUAUAGAAGAAUGCGAGGAUAUAAAGGUCGAAAUGGAAGACUGUGAAGUGGAAAACACUGAAAGCUGCAUCAAAAAAGAUGAAUUAUGUAAGACUGAGUCGUUUCUCCAGGACUUUGAAGACAGAAGACGACAUCUGGCAAGCAGGGUGGAAGGAAGAAAACGAGGAGGGAAAUCAAACGUAGUGAAAAAUAUUUACCCCCUUGCAAUUAAAUCUCCUUGUGAUCAAUGUUCGUAUGUAGCUUAUUCUAAAACUGAUUUGACAGUUCACUUGCGAAGAACACACUCUGAAGGAAUGACAUGUGAUCUCUGUGAUUUUGUUGGUUCAACGACAGGUCUCAGAGAACAUAAGAGAAGGAAACACGAAGGAUACUAUUAUUACUGUAGAGCUUGUGAUUUUAAAGAUCUGAGCAAUGACGUCUUAAAAAAUCACAUCAAAGAAAAACAUGAUGGUCGUGGGUUUGCCUGUAAUCUUUGCAGCAAAGGUUUUCAUAUCAGAGCAAAUCUUGACCGGCAUGUGCGGAAUGUGCAUAAGAGAGAGAUUUAUACAUGUGAUAAAUGUGAGUACUCAGCCAAGUCCAGCAGUUCUUUAAAGGAACACAAUGAUAGUGUUCAUUUAGGUCGACUUUAUAAUUGUGAUAAAUGUGAUUAUGUCGCAAGUAAACCUUCACAGCUAAGAAAUCAUAAAAGCAGGCAUGUGACAGAAGAAGAUGGGGAUAAACUAAGAUCAUUUAUGUGUGAUCAGUGUGAUUAUGUAGCGUCUAGUUUCAAUGUUUUUAAAGCACAUAUAAAGAACAAACACGAUAAAUCGACUAAAUACUCCUGUGAUAAGUGUAAAUACUCAACGUUUAACAAGCUUAAUUGGACAGCGCACAAGAAUCGGCAUAACAGCGCUAUGGUGCUUUGUGAUCAAUGCCCCUACGUUGGGAAACCCAUUUCUCUCAAAGUUCAUGUGCAAGUUCAUCAUGAUAAAGUUAAUUUUCCCUGUAAUUUAUGCAGUUAUUCAGGACAAUCAGAAACACAUUUGAGACUGCACACAGAGUCUGUUCAUAUGGGAAUCAAAUACUUUUGUGAUAUAUGUGGGUUUGCAGCGUCUACAACCACUAACUUGAAACAGCACAAAGAUUGUAAACACGAUGAUACUAAAUAUCCCUGUGAUAAAUGUGGAUAUUUAGCCUCGACAAAAUAUCUCCUGAGAAAACACAUAAAAAAGAAGCACAGUUGCCCAGUAAAUACUAAAAAUACGCCAUCAGUCAAAGAUUAAGCGCAGAAAUCUAACAGUGAAGAUGGUGCUAUGGAAACGCCUCACCACGGAAAUGCCUCAAAAAAAACGGACUCAUGAAACUAAUUUAAUGCCGUCAUCUCUUAACUUAAAAUUGAUAAUACUAUAUUCUAACGAUAUUCAAAGCCAUGGCCCCAGCGCUCGGCCCUCUAGCAUGUCCUACACGCAGCGCACGGCCCCCCUAGCCUGUCCUAGUCGAAAGGCUCGGCCCCCUAGACCGUCCUAGCCGCAGCACUCGGCCCCCUCCUUAGCCGGCGGCGUAACCUAACCUAUCCUAAUUUAAUGCUUUAAAUUAUUUUUUAAAAAUUAAAUUGUUUGAAAAUGAGCGAAGACGACAUUAAAUUAGUGU